AUGAAUGACAGCCUAUUUGUCAGUUUGGACAGACUUUUGCUAGAAUUUGUUUUCCAGUAUGAGCAAGAUAUAAGUACUAAAGAAGAUAUGCUUCAACGAAUUAAUAAAUGCUUUGAAGAUAUUAAAGAAAACAAGGCAACUAUUUGUAAGAUACAUGAAACUAUAAAUACAACAGAUGAAGAAAUUGGUCAUUACUGUAAACAUAGUAAGGAGAUCAAAGACAACUGUAGUAACUGGAAGCCAACAUGUGAUGUUUUUCAUAAGCAUGAAGACUAUAUGCAGGACCAAUUUACUAUUUAUCAAGAAACUAUUGAAAAAGACAAAAAAAUGUACCAUGGUUAUAUAUGUCAGUAUAAGGAUGUUUUGAAGCAAUAUCAGUUAAAAUACUCAGAAACACCCCUUUCACAUGAAUAUUAUGAGAAGAAAAGAGAACAUGAAGAAAUUCAAAAUAGAGUGUUGGCAAGUACUGAACAACUAAAAAUGAAUGAAACUAUCUUUAUGGAAUUUCUAGUGCCUGCUCCUUUUCCAUCACUUGCUAAAUGGACAUUACAUAUGGCUAACGUGAGAUGUAAAACACAAGAUAUUCUUAAACAUGCCAGCAAUUAUUCCAAAAGUUCAUCUGAAUUGAAGGAAGAAGUAGAUGAAGUGGAAAUAGAAAUUAAUUAUUUAAACCAGCAGAUUGCAAGACUCCAUGAAACUAAGAAUCUUGCAGAAACUCUGGAGGAAAAAAAUAAAAAUAUAGAAAAGAUAAAGGAAUUGAAAGAAAGACUUUUUGAAAAAGAUGAACAACUUGCACUUAUAUUGAAUAAAACCCCUCAAAACAGUCAAUUAUUUCUUCCAUAUGAAUCUCAGAAAUUAGACAGACUAAUGAAGAUGCGUUCUUCAGAACCAAGAGUUAUAGAUAAAAAAGAAGAAAGUUCCAUGAAGCAGGCAAAGCUUGCCAAUAUUGACUUUAGACAGAAAGAAAACAACAUGCAGGUACUUAAUGACUCUACUCUGAAUAACCAUUCAAAAUGCUCAAAUUCUGUGGCUAUUAAAAAUUCACAAAAUAUGAUGCAUUUCAGAUUGUUAACCCCACAGAGACAAUCAAAUUGCAGUCAGUGGUUUGAAAUAGGAGAUACAGAUGCUGAGUGUGAAGAUAAAGGUACAGUAAGACAAUUGAGAGAAUCAAAAUGUACUUCACAAGUUAUAUGUGCAGAACAUUUUGGGAAACCAAUAGAAAAUAAUAGUGAUGAAGUAGAAGAAAAGGCUGAGAAUUUUCUACAAACUCCUGAAAUUCCUUUAUUUUUAAGAACCCCUGAAGCUGUGAAAACACCUGAACCUUUGGAGAAAUUAUUGUUUCCUAAAACCCCUUCUUUUGAAAUUAACAGAAAUAGAAAUAUAAUGCCUGAAGGUCAAACACAAAAGGAAUCCCCUGGAUUUUCUUUUCUUACAAAUUAUACUUCUAGAUCUCCUGGAUUGAAUUUAUUUGAUUCUACUAUAUUUGAUUCAGAAAUCUCAUCAGAUCAGUUUAAUGAACAUUAUUCUGCAGGAAAUUUAAAUCCUCUCUCAUCACAACAAGAAAUUGGAAACUUAUUUGGGAAACCAGAAGGAGAAGAUGCCUUCACAUUUUCUUUUUCUUCAGACUCUUCAACUCAUACAUUUGGAACUGGAAAAGAUUAUUUUAGUUUUCCAUUUUCAUUUGAACAGGAUCAAAACUCAACACCUUCUUCUGUAAAAGGUUUUUCAUCUUCCUCACAAAAUAAAACACAAUUUACUUUUUUUUGA